AUGCCUCUCGGUCAUAGCCCAGCGGCGGGCUCGUCCAGCGCAGAGACGCCUCGUGCAUCGUCUAAUUUAGCCGAUUACAAACGACGGCGCGGAAUGGUUAAGGGCUCAUGCACGCGUAUGGAGACUUUUUUAAACAAUAUAGUCACAUUAACCGACGAUACCCGAGCGCAGGUAGAAAUUCGUCAAACCCGUCUAGAAUCGUUCUGGGAGGAUUAUUGUAAAAUACAAACGCAAAUUGAAAUGAUCGACGCGGAGGAGUCAAACGAUAGAAUCGAGUUCGAAGAUUCAUUUUAUGCAUUAUGUGCGCGAUUUCGCCGACUUUUACAAUGCGACCAUCAAUCGAGCGCGCGAAGAGGUUCCACGCAGAGUUCGACAAGAGUCGAGAGCGAGGCUAUAUCUCAUGUACGAUUGCCAAAAAUUAAUUUGCCAAUUUUUUCGGGAAAAUACGAAGAUUGGUUUCCGUUUCGAGAUACUUUUAUAACGAUAAUUCAAAAUAACACGUCGUUGAGCGAUGUUCAACGGUUUCAAUAUUUACGGGCAUCGUUAACGGACAAGGCACUCGACAUUGUGAAACCUUUAGAAAUUUCUGGAAACAAUUAUGACCUUGCGUGGAGCCUCUUAAAAGAACGAUACGAUAACAAACGCGUGAUUAUACAAACUCAUGUGCGGGCAAUAUUUGAAUUGCCAGUUAUAACAAAGGAAAAUGCGAUCGACCUUCGGCAAUUAGCUGACGGGGCAUCGAUACAUAUUCGCGCGUUAACGGCAUUAAAUUGUAAUGCCGAUAAAUGGGAUGCUUUGCUUAUUCAUAUUAUAACGUCUAAAUUAGACGCAAUUACGUCGCGUGAGUGGCAUGCUUCGUUGCAGGGCUCUGAAUUGCCCACAUUUAAGGAGCUAAUUACCUUUCUUUCACAUCGCAGUCAGAUUCUGGAAGAAUCCGCGAGAAAGAGUUCGAUCUCGUCCGUUCGCUCCGACUCUCGAUCGCAAUCGCGUUCUAACGUUGGACGUCAAGCAUUGCACACGACUGUCGAGAGGGGCAAGUGCAAUUAUUGCGCCGGCGAGCAUUUAAUUUAUUUUUGCAAGGAAUUCUUGAAACUGCCAAUCAGCCAGCGAAUCGCGGAAAUGCGUAGCAGGAGAAUGUGCCUCAACUGUUUGCGUAGUCAAAAUCACAUUGCAACCAAAUGCCCUUCUGGCAGUUGCAGAACGUGCAAUUUAAAACAUAAUACGUUAUUGCAUAUACCCAAGAAUGAGAGAGAGAUAAAUAACGCGGGCGCGUCGUCGGUGCCGAUCGACUCGUCGCCGAUCGCGGACGGGCGAUCGGCCGUCGCGACUCACAGCGCGGUCGAGCGAAGCGAUACGGAGGUGUUGCUCUCGACGGCGAUCGUUUAUUUAUACGAUGCGAACGGUGCUCGCAGGACAUGCCGUGCUCUGUUGGACUCAGGGUCACAGGUGAAUUUCGUGACAACCAAAUAUGUAAAGUUGUUGGGUUUAAAACCGCAAUCCGUAAAUUUCUCGGUGUCAGGCAUAUACGGUGACACAUCUAUUUCGAACGAAAACGUAGACAUCAAACUACAAUCGCGAUUCAAUUCAUUCGCGGCUGAGAUCGAGUGCAUCGUGGCGGAGCGAAUCAUAAGGGACAAGCUUCCGUUAAACACUAUUAAACGUGAAAAAUUCAAACUGCCUUCCAGCGUCGAGUUGGCGGAUCCGCGAUUCAACGUGUCGUCGGACGUCGACUUGUUAAUAGGCGCCGAUCUAUUUUGGCGAUUGUUGUGCGUGGGGCAGAUUCAGGCGACUUCCGGGUAUCCGAUCCUUCAAAAAACACGUUUGGGGUGGAUUGUGGGCGGACGCGCACGCGUCGGUGCAUCGCGACCGGAGACUGGGCUGCACUCGUUUCACGUAUCAAUUAGCAAUUUAAAACUUCACGAACAAAUCGAACGAUUUUGGCGGAUCGAGGAGUUAGGCGAUUCGAGUCAUUACACCAAGGACGAGCGCGCAUGUGAAACCCAUUUCAUAAACAACGUGUCAAACAAUAACAAGGGCAGAUACAUCGUGACGCUGCCCAUCAAAAACGAUAUUUUGCAAAGGCUGGGAGACUCGCGCGAAAUAGCAAUGAAGCGAUUCCUCGGUCUUGAAAGGCGACUUCAUCGUGACUCAAAUAUGAGGACUUCAUAUGUUCAAUUUUUACGCGAAUAUUUAGCCUUGGGACACAUGCGACUCGUACCCGCACAUGCGGUCGAUAGGGAAUCCGUUUAUCUGCCUCAUCAUGGGGUGUUUAAGGGGAUCGGCCGGAAUGCAAGGUUACGUGUGGUUUUUGACGCAUCGUGCAAAACCACGUCGGGAAUUUCUCUGAAUGACGCCUUGAUGAUAGGUCCUACGGUUCAGCAGGAUUUAAUAUCAAUUAUCACUCGUUUCCGCACGUUCGCGUACGUCUUUACUGCAGACAUAGUUAAAAUGUAUCGACAGAUACUUAUCCAUGAGUCACAGCUACAUCUGCAACGAAUAUUGUGGCGCGAGAACUCGAAUUCGCCGGUCGGUACUUACGAGUUGCUUACCGUUACUUACGGCACGAGCUCGGCGCCGUUUCUCGCAACGAGAUGCCUUCAACAUUUGGCACAAAAACAUGCCCUCGAUUAUCCUGCGGGGGCGCAAUGCGUUCUUCGGGAUUUUUAUGUAGAUGAUUUACUCGCGGGCGCCAAUACAUUGUCCGAAGCGGAGCGCAUUCGUGACGAGGUGAUAGCCUUAUUAAAGCGCGGACAGUUUGAGCUCGGCAAAUGGUCAUCGAAUUGCCAAGAACUGUUACAGGGCAUUAGUGACACAACGAGUGCGGAGGUGUUAUUAGGCGAUGAAUCGAGCUCAAAAAUAUUGGGAGUCGCAUGGGAUCCGUCCAGCGACGGAUUUCGCUUCGGAUACAAUUGCGGCGCACCGACGAGUAGCAUAACGAAACGGACGAUCUUGUCGGAAAUCGCGAGUCUUUUCGACCCUUGGGUUUAUUAG